CUGACAGCUCUGGAUUUUAUUUAUUUUAAUUCUGUUCUUUUGUUUCAUCCAUUUUAUUAACCACCUGCAUCUGUCAUGUUCACGGAUUUCCGAUAGUGCCUUGGUGUUAAGUUAGGCAGUGAUGGAGCAGGGGAAUGGUGGGAUAUCUGUGCUGCCAGAGUGUCAUGGAGGGAUGGCUAUAGACCGGAAAAGAGCUCUAACCAUCUCCCCCUCGACCGAACUGCUUGAUAAUAGACGGACUGGUAGUCCUUUCAAAAUCCCCAAGAGUAUUCACUCUGUGGAGCGUGAAUCACCUAGCCGUCAGAGAAAGAGAUGCGCAAAGAUUCACUGGACUCAGUUGGCCUCAAACACAGAAACUGUUAAGCACCAUCAGCACAGUAAUGGAAUCCGUCUAUCCACCUACGAUCAGCUCAACAGGCAUCAGCCACGGGUGAUUCUGACUGAUAUUCUGCAGACUGAGGAGGGGCGGAAUUACUUGAGACGAUGUGAAGAUGAUUGGCAGGGGAAGAACAAAUCAAACCACAGGGACAGCACCCCAGACAAGCACUGCAAACAGAAGUACUCAAAGGAGCACAGAGACAGGAGAAGGAAUAGUCCAGCUCAGACCAAACCGGUCCACUUUCCAUCUAAAGACCUCAAAUGGACACAAAACAAACAAAUGGUUCUUGUCUCAGAGAGCCAAACUGAUCGUGUAUUUUCUGAAGAAACAAAAUCAUGUAUUUCUAAAGGAACAGAUAAGACAAAGCAGCCUAACGUAGUCAAACCCACAGUUUCAUGCUCAGACUCACAAAAUCAAUCAUGUCUACCUAAAGCUAUCAGCUCUUUUCAACCCAAACAAAUGGAGUGCCAGACCGCCAGGGAUUCAUGUCCACUUUUCCUUGAGGAGAAAGACCAGCAUACGUGUGAAACAACCUCCCUUAGACAGACCCAGACAGAUUUCUCUGGAAGAGAGAAAGCAACUCCUGAGCAACCUGAACUGGUUCUUCUCGCUGAUGUGGAGGACGCAGACUUAGUGUAUGAGGUAGACGUCAGAAAAACACCAAGAAAAAGAGACAUGACAAAGUGUGUGGAGGAGAGAGAUAACGAGGAAGAACUUCCAGAGCUGGGGAAUGAGGAGAGUGAGAGAAACGAGAGGACAGGAGGUGUAUGCAGGAAUGGAGAGGUGUUGGAGGAGAUCAGGAGGACCAGAGGGAGUGUUUUACGGCUAUCCAGUGGAGGGACUGAGUUACAGAUGGAAAUGGGUGAAGCUGAUGGAAAGACUCCACCCAAACGCGCUCGGCAGCAGGACUGUGCUGAUGAGUGUGUUCCUAAUACAGGCUCUAUCACAGCUUUCUCCUCACACGACACCACUCACCCAGACCAUUCCUCAGACAACGCACAUAACACGGGCCUCAGCAGACGUUUGUCCACAACAAGCUCCAAAGAACCCAUUGUUGUUCUCUCCAGUGAAGAGGAAGAGGAGGAAGAAGAGAGCAGGUCAGACCCUCAGACACAAGAGGGCAUCAGAGACACAGCAACGGCAGAACUGCACACACACACAUAUGUCUGUCAGACAAAGAGCCUACUGGGGACUCAAACACAUAAUGCAGAGAUGCACACACAGGUUUCUAGUCUCGUUGACCCAGCCCUGGAAGGUUCCCCCAUAAUGGAUUUACCUUUCUCCACCCUCUUUAUGGGUGGAGUCAAAGCCAAGUCCUCUGGUAACAUUAAGAUCACAGUUGAUAAGGUGUCUGUUCCACUAAAAGACUCCACAGGUGCCGUGCUCACUGUUUCUUUGUUGAUGUCCAGUGUACGGAAGUACAGUGCAUGGGAAGGGUCACUGGCGCAAGGCACGGGAUUGGUCAGCCAGGACGAAACCCUGCCUGCCUCUGUGCUCCUACUCUGGGUGUCUGAAACUCAAGCUCGUCGUCUACACAACGACCUGUCAGUCAUUCAGCCAGGAACACAGCCAGCGGAGGGCAGUGUGUGUGUGUUGCUGUGUGUGAGUGAGUCUCUGUGCGGUGUUCAGCGUGCUCUGUUGGGCUCCAUUAUGGACAUUGUGGGUCUGAAACAUGGCACCACGGAGCUCCUGUCCCCCCUCACACACAGCGACAGUCUACAGCAGCUCCACGACAACCGGGAUACAAACCUCCUACAACUACUGUGCCCCACAGCCAGUACACACACUUCCAAGGAAUCUGAGGUUCAGCCGUGUUACACACUUUGUCACAGUUUAAUGAGGGGCUCUUACUCUGUCUCCAUGGUGACCAGACCCGAAGCUGACUGGACACGCUACCGCCACAGAGGCCCAGCACGCAGAUUAAUCCAGUUCCCGCCCCCACCGUCUAAAGGGGCCAUUACUGUGACAUCUGAGGACCUGGAGUGUUUGGACAGUGGAGAGUUCCUAAAUGAUGUCAUCAUUGACUUCUACCUCAAGUACUUGUUGGUGUGUAAAGCUCCUCGUGAGUGUGUGGAAAGGUCUCACAUCUUCAGCAGCUUCUUCUACAAGCAGCUGACACGCAGAGACAACGCCAACGAGGACUGCUCAAGUACCCCCGCUCAGCACAGGAGACAUCAACGUGUGAGGACGUGGACACGCCACGUUGACAUUUUCAGCAAAGACUUCCUGUUCGUGCCUGUCAAUCAAGAAGCUCACUGGUACCUGGUGGUUAUCUGUUUUCCUGGGCUAGAGAAGCCUCAGUUUGUGGAGUGGGAGAGCCCAGAGUUAGUGCAGAGUAAUGGGGGAGAGAGCCCAGGUGAGUCCCAGGCUGAACCUGAAGCCCAGGAGGCCUGCAGGCCCAACCCAACGGAUGAUAUAAGCACAGGGAAUACAAGGUCCAGCUGGUCCCCAAAUCCUCUGGACUGCACAGGGCAGACGUGUAGGCGACGGACUGUAUUGAGAAGACCAUGUAUUCUCAUCAUGGACUCCCUGAAGCUUUCCGUCCAUGAACGCAUCUUCAAACUCUUACGAGAGUAUUUGCAGGUGGAGUGGGAGGUGAAGAGAGGGGGACAGCGUGACUUCAGUCCUGAUCAGAUGGUGGGCUCUCACUGUAAGGUCCCCCUGCAGGACAACAGCAGUGACUGUGGCCUUUACCUCCUGCAGUACGCUGAGAGCUUUCUCCAGGACCCAGUGGUGCAUUUUGACCUGCCACUAAGGCUGGAGCGCUGGUUCCCACGGCAACAGGUUCGUGGGAAGCGUGAAGAGAUUCGAGACUUGGUGCUGCACCUAUACCGGCACCAGCAAGGGACUCUGGGAAAUGAAGGCCAAGAGGACAGCACUGAUGAAGGAAAUGUAGUUCUUUAGCAGCAAACAUUUUAAAGCUGUAUUU